AUGCAAUUCACUGCUCUCGCCGCCAUGACUCUUCUGGGCUCUGCCUUCGCCGUGCCCGCCCAGAACCACGUCGCUCGCUCGGGUUCUACAUCUACCGUCUCCGUCAUUCCAACCCCCUCCUCGUCGGGCCCCAUGGUCUAUUCUGCUCCGGCUGUACAGUCAGCCGAAUCACAGUAUCUGGCAGACUACUCCAGCUACCUUUCCGCGACUGGAGCCGCCCAGUCAUCGCUGUACAGCAAGUUGACACCUGACCUCCAGGCUAUCCAGUCUGCUGAGGCUGCGGCUUGGUCCUCCUCGAUCCCCUCGGCAACUCCUGCUGCCCAGCGUCACUGA